AUGACAUUCUUUACGGCCAAAGACUUGUUUGUGCCGAUGUAUGUGCUGGUUUGUGCUCGGACAUCUUUACAAGUAGCCAUUAGUAGCUCUAGCAAUAAUAUAUGUGUGGACAAUUGCAGUAACCAUGGAGACUGCCGUGUUGUGAAAUCAGUCACAUUCUGCGAGUGCCAUCUGGGCUGGGGUGGAAGUGUCUGUGAGGUACCAUGUGACAGGCCGUGUCUACAUGGAAUGUGCGUGUUUGCAGGACACAAACAGAUGUGUCUCUGCUCUACUGGUUACCGAGGAGACUUGUGUGCUGAAGUCGGAUACGACAUGGGAGCUCUCUUAAAUCUUGCCAAACUAUUUACGGCCAACUCCGUAAACUCUUUGCCACUUGUGCUGGAUCCAAGUGAGCAAGUACAAGCCAACAUUCAACGUGGCUCCAACAGCUGUACGGGCAAUUUCGUUUGCCAGAAUGGAGGACGCUGUGUGAAUGGACAUAUGGGCGGAUACAGGUGCCAGUGCGAAAAAAGUAAAGUCACCGGCAACUUCUGCCAGUACACCUGCCCUAAACCCUGCCUAAAUGGCGGCACCUGUAUACGUCUGAGAAGAUCUGAGAGCAAAACCAACAUCAGGGAAGUCCUUUCGCUGCCAGAAAGCGAGGCUGUCUACCGUUGUAUAUGUCCUGAAGGAUUUGCCGGGGAGAGAUGCAGCAGAAACCUUAAAACGGAUGCCAAAGGAAAUCCUUCAGGGACAUGA